CGCCGCCAGCGGGACCCCGCGCCGCCCGCCCAGCACCGCCAGCCGCUCCGCGCCGCCCGCCCAGGAGAUGGGGGCGCCCCUGGGGGCGCUGAUCUGCCUCCUCCUCAGCCUGGGUGUACAGGAGACGUACGGACAAGCAGGAACGUGUGGAAGUGUAAUCAUGGGACGGAUUGUGGGGGGCAAAGACGCACAGGCCGGGCAGUGGCCUUGGCAGGUCAGCCUGAAUUUUCAGAGUGUUCAUGUGUGUGGCGGCUCCCUCAUUUCCCCCCAGUGGGUGAUCACUGCAGCGCACUGCUUCCCACCGGAAAACCCCAUCGCCGACUAUGAGGUGACGCUGGGAGCCUUCCAGCUGACCAACCUCCUGUCUAACAUCACUGUGGUUGGGGUGGAGCAGGCCAUCAAGAAUCCCGGCUACACGGAUGAGGACUCCGGCGGGGACCUUGCGCUGGUGAAAUUGAAAAAGCCCGUCUCCUAUACGCGUAGCAUUCGUCCCAUCUGCCUGCCGUCCGCUUCCGUCAGCUUCCCCAGCGGCAUGAUGUGCACUGUGACUGGCUGGGGGAAUGUGCUUACCUCUGUCAGCCUGCCCAAUCCCAAGACCCUGCAGCAGCUGGAGGUGCCAGUGAUUGGGCUGGAGACCUGCCGCUGCCUCUACAAGAUCAGCGCCAACCCAACGGAUCCCCACGUGAUCCAGGACGACAUGAUGUGUGCGGGCUACGCCGAGGGCAAGAAGGACGCCUGCCAGGGAGACUCCGGGGGACCCCUCUCCUGCCAAGUGGGUAGUGUCUGGCUGCUGGCUGGAGUGGUGAGCUGGGGGGAAGCAUGUGGGGCCGCCAACCGGCCCGGAGUCUAUACCCGCGCCUCGGCCCAUGCUGCCUGGAUCAAGGAGACCGUCCCAGAGGUGGAGCUGAGUGACGUGAGCGUGGAUCUGGAGCCGGUCUCUGAGGAGGGGCUGUGCUCCAGGGCAGCUGCUCAUCUCCUGGCCCCCUGGCUGCUCUGCUGGGCCUUUCUGAGCCUGGUCCAGGCAGGGUAACCCUACCCCCGCCAACUCCAAGUGUAGAGAUGCAAGGCGGGAAGGGGAUCUUGAGGGCACGGGAUCCGCCACUGUGAUCAUAGCAACUUGGUGGUGGAUACCCCAGUAGAACUGGAUUUUGCCCCCUACUUCCCCUCCCCAGAAGGCUAUUUUCAGGGUGUCUGCCCGGACAGCCCUUUGACUGUGGUUGUUCCCAAAGGAUUCUGGGAGGAGGCAGAUUGGCCCCAGAAGAGGGGUGCUCUGGGAAAUGUUCCCCUCGUCCUUUUACCCCCGUCACGCAGAAACAGCCGGGUUUCAGUCCCGGCAUGAGUCAAGCCGACAGGAUCUAAUGUGACACGUCGGGCAGGAAGCUCUCGGCUUCUCAGAGUCAGCCGAACCCCCAGGGCUGGGCCGUGUGGCACCAGCAGAGCUGGUUUUUCCACCUGGGGAGAGUCACUGAGUGAGGGCAGGUUCUAAAGGGAGCAGAGUUCAUCACACGUGCCCAGAUGUGAGCUAGGGGCUGUUAGCACAUGGGCUUGUUGUAAGUCAGGGGUGGGGCAUGGAAGAGCUGUUUGACUCCAGAGGGAGGGUUUAAUAAAGAGGGUGUUAGCCCUGUAUUAUGG